UCCAUUGGCGGCCUGCGGCCUCGACAGCGGAGCCAGCCAGCACUGACGUUGUUGACAGAUCCGCUCCACAACCUCGACUUCACACCUCACACUCCCAUCAAGAGCUCAACAACCAAAAUGACCGACCUAACCCCAGCGCUAAACGCGCUCCUAUCCGCGAAAAAGGCACCCUCAAUAUCAUCCACCACUACCUCACCAGCCGACGAAUUUCUCAAAGAAGCGCAUCGCAUCCUCAACCUCAACUCCAAUCCCAAUCCCAAUCCCCCCCUCACAGACUCAGACCGCGACGCAAUCGACUCCUCAACAACCCUCCUCCUCCACGACCUCUCAUCCUCAAUAACAAACCUCUCCGACGCCGAAACCCUGCGCGCAAAAACAACCGCCGAACUCCAGCACAAGAAAUACGGCCACAGCGCCGCGGGCGCCCUCCUCCUCCGCUGGGCCGCCGGCAACGCCGACGAGCGCGGUGGUAAAUCCGCCGAACAGGUCGAGGCGGAGGAGAGGGAGAAGACUCUCUCCUCUGUGCGGGAGAGUGUGCUUUGGUAUCUGAGGCGCGCUUUGGAGGGCGUUGCUAGUGUGCAGCGGGGGAUGGUGGAGAAGAGGAUCGAGAGGGUGUUGGAGAAGGAGAAGAGUGUUUUGUAUAAGGCUUCGAAGGGGGGGGGGAGGGAGCAGUCGCAGUCGCAGUCGCAGCCGCAACAGCAGGGUGGUGUUGGCAGGGACAAUUAUAACCAAGACUACAACUACAACUACAGCUCUGGUUCUGGUUUUGGCUCGGGUCCUGCGCCUGAUGCGGCAGUGUUGAGCGAGGCUGAUUCGAGGGAAAUCGAGGGCCAGCUUUCGGCGGAGCAGUUGCAGCUUUUUGCUGAGGAGAAUGAUUCCAUGUUAAAGCAUUAUGAGGAUACGCUUGGGAAAGUACAGAACGCAGAGAGGUCUCUUGUGGAAAUCUCCUCUCUGCAGGAAACGCUCGUCACGCACCUGACUACCCAGGGAGAAUUUAUCUCGCAGCUUGUUAGUGAUGUCGAUACGACGGAGGAGAAUAUUGGUCGGGGUAAUCGCGAAUUGAAGCGUGCGACUGAGCGGCGGAGUCCGGCGCAGGCGGUGUUUUGGGGCACUGUUGGGUUGUGUACGUGGCUUGUUGUUUGGGAUUUGAUCUUCUGA